AUGACUGAUAAGCGUCAAAUGCUUCGCCUCGGACUGAUAAUCCUCUGUUCAUUUCUCACAGGUACCAUUGGAAUGGAUGACACUCACAAGUUCUGCAGUUCUGGUGAAAAUGUCCGUCUGCCCUGUAAUAAUGCUCUUUCUGGCUGCACAUCAACUACAUGGACCUAUAGCAGACGUUCAGAGACAGUUGAACUGAUUGCUGGAGGGGAAAAGAAGAAUGAUAUAGAGAGACAUGAGAGACUGAGUCUGGGCUCCGGUUGCUCUCUGAAAAUCAAGAAAGCCACAAAAGAAGAUUAUGGAUUUUAUAGCUGCCGACAAUAUGUGAAUGAACAACAAGGAACUGAUGCACCUGUUCAUCUGCAUUUUCUUCAUGUCUCUCCAUCAUCCACACAGAUCAGAAACGGCAGCUCUGUGACUCUCUCCUGUCAGUUGUAUAUUGAUGGAGUCUCUUGUGAUACUUUGGUCCGUACUGAGGGAGUUCAGCUGAUCUGGGUGAAUCAGGCUGGUGUGAAUCUGCAGACAGACUCCAGAUAUCAGAUAUCAUUCUCCUCAGGACACUGUAUCAGCACUCUGACUACAACACUCCUGAAUGAAGAUCACAACAGCGAGUGGAGAUGUCAGGUUAAACAGAGAAAUGAACUGAAGACCUCAGCCACAUAUAUUGUCAAGUAUUCAGUGACCGUGAUCGUGAUCUCUGCUGUGGCUGCUGCAUUAGCUGUUGCCCUUGUUUCUGUUCUCUGGAUGAUCUGUAAAAAAAGAGAUGGUGAUAAAAGAGGGACUGACAGCUCUGUGGUCAAAGAUAGGAAUGAACAUAAAGGGACCUAUGACAACAUCAACAUGUCCAUUCCUACUAUGCCAAACGCCAAUGAACAGAGAGAUGAUGUGACCUAUUCUGAGGUUACCGCUUCCAGUAAAAAACAAGUACUAAUGGACUAUUCUCUUCAUCAUCCUCACAGUCAGAGAUCAGAUCAGGCAGCUCUGACUCUCUUCUCUCAGUUGUAUAUUGAUGGAGUCUCUACAACACUCCUGAAUGAAGAUCACAACAGAGAGUGGAGAUGUCCGGUUAAACAGAAAUGA